AUGGCGUUUUGUCAUAAGAGAAGUCUUUUGCUUGGUGCUAUCCAUACGAGUGUGUCAAGCGAACUCGCCUUUGCCGGAAAGGGCGACUCCGACGAGCCGAAGAAUAUUGUUUUCGGGUCCAUGGAUAGAAAACCUACACAGCGUAGAAAAGGUGAUAAUCAUGCUUAUAGCAAAGAAUUUUAUGAUCCAAAGGUGUCGAGUCCAUUUGCUCACAGUGAUAAUGACAAUGAGACCCAAAGUUUAUUACAGAUCAGUCAGGAUGACAAAUACGCAUUGGGUCUUUCCCUUGGUGAUACCUCGGAGAGAUCGACCGAUGACUCAAUUGCAUCAGGUAGGAACGAAAUUAGUUCUCGAGGUGCUGUGGGUGAUUUAAAGUUGAACACGGUUGACAGCGCUGCGGAAUUUUCGAAAGUUUCUCCUGCCAUAAGCAAAAAUCUUUCCGAUUAUCUGUCAGGAGAGUCUGCGGUGGAGAGUAUCGAUUUGAUAGGAACUUCGGUGGAGUCUGGAGCUGUUUUAGCUAGAGAUCCAGUUUACAGCAUUUGGGAAACUCCUGAUUUGGAGGUAAGUGCUUAUGGCUAUCAAAGUGAUUUUGGUUCCGGCAGUUCUUCUUUCGACUCUGGAGUGAUGGUAUUAUCAGAUAAUUUGUCUCAGCAUUCAAUUCCACGAAGGGGUCGCAUAUCUAGCUCUUCUAAAGUGCUCUCGUCUGGGUAUCGGCUGUCAACUUCCAAAUUGGGAAAUGACAGCUCGAUUGUGAGUUCCAGUUGUAUAUCUGGCUCCAGCAAUGCCGACAAUCAAGUUCAGAUGCAUUUUGAAAGACGUCAAUUUGAUAUGGAACCCCGUUCUAAUUUGUCCAAUCUAAGCAGACUAAUCAAGGAGGAUGGUGGAAAUACCGACAAGUUGCCAGCAUUCACCACCGAGGACGGGGGAUCGGUAAAGUGCCUCAUAUCCGUGCCAAAGCUUGGUAUCAAUAUAUCCGAUCCUCUUGUUUUGCACGUCAGAUUGGAUGUUACGAUCUCCUGGGUAAUUGAUGUGAUAUUGGAGCAACUCCGCAAGACUCGCGAGCAGGUAUUUGGUAAUCAAUUGAAAUGCGAGUUGUAUCUAUCAGACGAAGAUGGAGAAAUUGACGACGAUAUGGGACCUUUGGACAAAAGCAGGACAAUCGGAUCUUAUGGCGCGGAUGAGUUUGUUUUGGAUCUGGGAUCAGAGAAGAAUAAAUUUGAGCAAACUAGUCAGUUACAGCUUCAGGAAUCGGAGCUGGCCAGAAACACAACCCGGGACGAUGAAGUAAGUGGGUCGCUCGAUACGCUAAAAUUUCGCUCUUCGUCCGCAAACGUCAACCGUCACACGAACAUUUCUCGUCAUAUUGUUUCUAAACCUUCAAAUCUGGAAGGCGAUUCUUAUGAUGCCGUUUUACCGUCGCGUCCUCGGCCACCCGUUGAAGAGAGUUCAACAACAAAAUUAGUUCUUUCUACAACACCAGAAAGUGUUAACUCUUUCAAUUCGGUGCAGACAAAGUCGGUAGAUACCCCAAACGACUUUGUACACAGAGAUUCGCGAGUUCAUGUCACGCGACGGAAGAAGAAGUUCCAAACCUUUUUGCAUCUGGCUGGUUUGGACGGAGGUGCACUUGAUUCUGUUCGAGGUUCAGAGAAGAAAACUGUACCUGCAGGUGAUCUGGAAGAACUGGGGCUGGCGACAUAUCACCGGUGGACAGUAUGGCGACGUCAGCAAAUGUCUGUGAAAGGGCGUUACCCCAAGUCUCUCGCUAUUGAUGGACAUCGGAUUUACAUUUUACCUUUCAACGAAUGGAAAGGCUCGUGGUAUGAAUCGAAAACAUCAAGUUUCAACGUCGACCAGAUUGUGAAGGUAAAGCAAAAUGCUAGAGUUUCACACUACUUUAAGAUUGUGGUAUUGAAACACAUGAACGAGGCUCCAAAAACGUAUCAUCUUGAGGCAGCCAACGGGAACGAGUGUGCGGCUAUUGUGAAAACACUCAAUUCGCUGAUGCGUCGAUAUCACAAUGGUCUCAAAUCUCGUCAUCAAUAA